AUGUUGAAAAACAGACGAACCCCGUCUUGGAAGCCAGAAGCUAACGACAUUAUCAUUCCAAUAAUGGGCCCAACCGGUGCAGGAAAAAGCACAUUCAUCAAUUUCAUCGCAGGAAAGGACGUAACAACCGUCGGUCACGACCUCGAGUCAUGCACGGCCACGAUCCUCCCAGUCGUCAUCCGAGACUCUUUACCAAGCGAUUUUCCGGAGGGCAGAAGAUUGGUGCUCGUGGACACCCCUGGAUUUGGCGAUACUCACCUCGAUAACACCGUAAUCUUGCAGUACAUCGGUACCUGGCUCGAAACUAUGUAUGACUCCCAGAAAGGGGAGACGAAGCUCGCCGGUAUUGUUUACCUCCACGACAUAUCAUUGACACGCAUGCUGGUUUCAACUGAGAAGAGCUUUGAUAUCUUUGAGAAACUGUGCGGGAAAGAUGCUCUGAAGCGUGUGGUUCUCUGCACGACAAAGUGGUCGGACAUCUACCAGGACGAGGGAGCGAAGCGGACUGAGCAGUUGGAAGAAAACCGCUGGAAGGAGAUGAUUUAUGGCGGAUCGACAGUUGCUAAAUUCGAGGAUUCUCAGGAAUCUGCCUGGGGAGUGAUUGCACCAAUCAUCGAGAAAGACCGAUAUGGAAAAAUGGAUGCUCUUGAAAUACAACAGCAGCUGGUGAUAGCAAAGAAACUUAUUCCCGAAACCGAGGCGGGCCAGCAGCUGCGAUAUAGUCUCGACGGCUUGUUAAAACUCUUCAGACAAGCUUCUAGCAAGGAUUCCUCUCGGCGCAAGGAGCUCGAUGAUCAAAUCGCUGCCAUCCGGGAUUUCGCCAAGUCAGUGGAUGUUCCUGUUACCCAACGCAUCUUGAGAUUGCUCGAUUUUGUCGUCGACAAAGUUCGAGACAUAUUCAUGCCAUCUAUGAACGUCUCCCUGGCUCUGUCACCCUCCAGAGGUAACAAACUCCUUGUGCCCGCCGUGGGCGCAAGGCUAGAAGCAGAUGUUGAGAAGCUGGUCAUGUUGCUUGGCGAAACAGAUCUCUUAUACAAGAAACUGAUCACGCUCUCCGAUGCUGAAAUAACUAAUUUUGGCAGUGAUAAACAGGCUACAACUGAAGUACGCUGUUGGUCUGUAACAAGGGAGGACUCCAAGCCUCUCUUUGUUGUCGCAGCUCCAAGCUUUGAUUCUCACCAAGGCGGCGACUCCGCUAUCUUUGAGAAGGUUAGGUCUUGGUUGAGCAGUUCAUGCCGCGAAGACAUGAUAUUUGGCAUCAUUUACCUUCGUAGUCGGGUUCAUCCACCAUCCUCUGAACUAGGGGGGCGCGCGUUGGAGUUGGUCAAACAAUCCGGUUUACAAUCCAACAUCCUCUUUGCAUCUUUCGCCAGCGAAGCAACGGGUACAGUCAAGUACGGCUUCGACGGCAGUGUUGCUUCUCCUCAAGAAACCAGCGAACAAGCUUUGGAGAUGUUCGACAUUGCCCUUGGCAAACCCGUCAAACUUGACCUCCUGCUGGAAGAACUGCGGACCAUCUCGGAAGUGGCCACCAACGGGAAAGGGAAGGGGUCGAAAAGCAGGUCCCGGGCCCUGAUUUCGAUAGGUCGCCGAGGUGCUUAG